GAAGCAGGCUGUGCAGCAGGGGACUCUAGGGAAUGAAUGGAUUUUCUCCAGCAUCAGUGAAAGAAAUCUGACUUUUAACACAUACACUAUAGAAGGACACAAUGUGUGGCCAAAGACUGAAGAGAUCUGUUGCUUUUUGGGCAUUUGUUUUCAUAAGGACAGUUACCGGGCUUGCCGGAGAAGGAAGAUCUGUGUGGGAAAAGGACCUUAGCUUCAGUCCUGUGAAUGGCACUCAGAUGUUUCUGUAUGACACUUUCCCCAAAAAAUUUCUUUGGGGAGUAGGCACUGGAGCAUUUCAGGUGGAAGGCAGCUGGAGGAAGGAUGGAAAGGGACCCUCAAUAUGGGACCACUUCGUUCACUCAGAUUUCAGAGAUGCUGCCAACAUAGAUGACUCCAGCAACAGUUACACUUUUCUGGACAAAGACUUGUCAGCUCUGGAUUUUUUGGGAGUUACUUUUUAUCAGUUUUCAAUUUCAUGGCCAAGGCUGUUUCCCAGAGGGGUGAUAGCAAAUGCCAACGAAAAAGGACUCCACUACUACAAUACUCUCAUUGACUCUCUAGUCCACAGAAAUAUUGAGCCCAUAGUAACUCUGUACCACUGGGACUUGCCUUUGGCACUGCAAGAAAAAUAUGGGGGGUGGAAAAAUGAAUCAGUAAUUGAUAUCUUCAACGACUAUGCAGCUUUUUGUUUCCAAAUUUUUGGGGACCGCGUUAAAUACUGGAUUACAAUCCACAAUCCUUAUUUAGUUGCCUGGCAUGGGUAUGGUACAGGUAUGCAUGCACCUGGCGAGAGAGGGAAAAUAGCAGCUGUCUAUACUGUAGGACACAAUCUGAUCAAGGCUCAUGCAAAAGUUUGGCAUAACUACAACACACGCUUUCGGCCAUAUCAGAAGGGGUUUUUGUCAAUAACCUUGGGAUCCCACUGGAUUGAACCUAACAAAUCAGAUGAUACUUUGGACAUUAAUAAGUGUCAGCAGUCCAUGGAGAGAGUGCUAGGAUGGUUUGCCAAGCCCAUUCAUGGGGAUGGGGAUUACCCAGAAGAACUGAAAAAUAAAUUAUAUUAUUUUCUGCCCAAUUUUACUGAGGCUGAGAAAAACUAUAUAAAAGGAACAGCUGACUUCUUUGCAUUUUCCUUUGGUCCUAAUAAUUUUAAACCCCCAAACACACUAGCUAAAAUGGGACAAAAUUUGUCACUCAAUUUGAGGGAAGUACUGAAUUGGAUUAAAUUGGAAUACACCAAUCCCAGAAUCCUGAUUGCAGAGAAUGGUUGGUUCACUGACAGCCAUGUGAAAACAGAAGACACCACAGCCAUCUACAUGAUGAAGAACUUCAUUAAUAAGGUUUUACAAGCUAUUAAAUACGACAGAAUAAAUGUGUUUGGUUACACAGCCUGGUCUCUCCUUGAUGGCUUUGAAUGGCAACAUGCCUACAGCACUAGACGUGGAUUAUUUUAUGUAGAUUUCAACAGUAAACAGAAAGAAAGGAUUCCAAAGUCAUCUGCACUGUAUUACAAGGAAAUAAUUCAAAAAAAUGGCUUCUUUCUGAAAGAGUCUACUGCAGAUUUGCAAAGUCAAUUUCCCUGUGACUUCUCCUGGGGUAUCACGGAGUCCGUUCUUAAGGCAGAAUCUGUAGCUUCCUCUCCACAGUUCUGUGACCCUAACCUGUAUCUCUGGAACAUCACUGGAGACGGGCUUUUGCACCGAGUUAAAGGAGUGAAGCUGAAAACCCGACCAGCUCAGUGUACAGACUUUGUCAGUAUUAAAAAACAACUUGAUCUCCUGGAAAAAAUGAAAGUAACACAUUACAGAUUUGCACUUGACUGGUCAUUAAUUUUACCUAAUGGGGAUUUGUCAACCAUCAAUAGACAAGUUCUCAGAUAUUAUAGAUGUGUGAUUAGUGAGCUACUGAAACUCAACAUUAAAUGUAUGGUCACCUUAUACUAUCCAACUCAUGCCUACUUAGGCUUGCCUGGUCCUUUGUUGCAGAGAGGAGGAUGGCUAAAUCAGUCUACUGUUCAGGCUUUUCAGAACUAUGCAGCUUUGUGUUUUCAGGAACUUGGUGACUUGGUUAAACUCUGGAUCACCAUAAAUGAGCCAAACAGAUUAAGCGAUGUCUAUAAUAGCAGCAGCAAUGAUACGUAUCAGGCAGCACACAAUUUACUGAUAGCACAUGCCAGGGCCUGGCAAAUAUAUGACAAGCAGUAUAGAUCAUUUCAGCAUGGACUAGUAUCUUUGUCUCUGCAUUCAGAUUGGGCUGAGCCUGCCAAUCCCUAUUUUGAUUCUCACUUAAAAGCUGCUGAAAGAUUUCUUCAAUUUGAAAUAGCCUGGUUUGCAGAUCCAAUUUUUAAGACAGGGGAUUAUCCAGCAGCCAUGAGGGAAUACAUUGUAUCUAAAAACAAAAAAGGCCUCUCAAGUUCCUUCUUGCCAUAUUUCACAGAUGAAGAAAAGAAACUUGUUAAAGGUGCAGCUGAUUUUUAUGCACUGAAUCAUUUUACCACAAGAUUUGUGAUUCAUGAACUUCAAAAUGGGAGCUGGUAUGAAUUUGAUCGGGAUGUUCAAUUCCUGCAGGAUAUCACAUGCCUGAGUUCCCCAUCUCGUUUGGCAGUGGUGCCCUGGGGGAUGCGCAAAGUUCUAAAAUGGAUUAAAAAAAACUAUGGUGAUAUAGAUGUUUACAUCACAGCAAAUGGGAUCGAUGACCAGUCUUUGGCUAAUGAUGAACUUCGAAACUAUUACUUAGGAAAAUACACCCAAGAGGUUUUAAAAGCAUAUCAUACUGAUAAAGUGAAGAUUAGAGGUUAUUAUGCAUUUAAACUGACUGAAGAAAAAUCAAAACCCAGAUUUGGAUUCUUCACUUCUGAUUCAAGAGCCAAGUCUUCAAUACAAAUUUACAACAACCUGAUUAGCAGUAAUGGCUUUCCUGCAGAGUAUUCUAGUGAUCUAUGUGAUCAAUCAGAGGAAAAAACACAGUGUACCUUCUGUUUAUUUCUCUCACAGAAGAAGCCUCUGAUAUUCUUUGGCUGCUGUCUUUUCUCCACUUUUGUCCUGCUUCUAACAAUUAUAAUUUUUCACAAAAGAAAAAGAAGAAAACUGUAUAGAGCAAAAAAUUUCCAACACAUCUGUCCCCCAUUUAAAAAGGGACACAAAGCUACUCUCAACUAGAUUCAUCACUGUCUGCAUCUGCUUUCUGCAUAGGAUAAAGAGAAUGGGACAAUUUCUGAGAAGCACUAUGUGAGUCACUCCAGUUAUACACACCAAAUAACAUUCAGUGGAGGAAUGGAAAAUAAUUACACAAGGGAGAAGAAAAACUGAUGUUGACGGGUACCAGUGAUUUUUAUCUAGCUUUUGAAGCAAGUUAAAUGGUUUCUCCUUGUGCCUUGGAAUGAUCUGUUAACUAGUUUGACUUGAAAAGAUAUUAAGCUGUGAGAACUGAUGUGCACUUUUAUAUGUGAAUGUCUUCAAACUAGAAAUUUUUGUGAUGGACACUCAGAUAUGUUUGGUCAUUGAUAAGUUUGUAUCUGCAGCUGUUUGCAAAUGUGACAGCUUUAAAAAAUUCCAGUUAAAUUCAGCACCAAGCAUUAAAUAGUUUGGACCAGAUUCUGGUUUUAGUUGCAAAGGCAUAAAUCUGACUAACUUCGUCAUUGACAUAAAUGCCUAACUCUGAUACUGGGGCAGUUGAGAUUAGACUUUGAUACUUUGUUCCAAAACUAAGGUAAUAGCUCCUAGGACCAGUUGGGAACAAGACAUUAUGAUAUACAACUACUGCUUGUUUUACACUGCAGGGUAGGGACAAAAAUCAGUCAGUUGUGUACAGAUUUUUAUUACUGGAACAUUAAAACAAGCUGUAUCUAUUAAUCCAUCACAGAAAAUAGAUAUCCACACAACUAUAAGUCAUAUGUAUUUAUUUCUGGAAAACAUGCUAACUAGCUGAGCCUCCUGUACUCUCAGUAAACUGCCAGUGCAGCCCUCAGUGUUGCAAAGCCUAUCAUAAAGAAAUAUGAGAGCAGUUUGUUUAGAAAUGUCUUCUCUCAAGAAUCGUGUAUUCUAUUAAAAAUGCCAUUUUCACAGGCUAUGAUAGGUGUCUUUCAAAACUACCUUAUUUUCACUAAACCUUUUAUUUGUGUUUAUAGAGGUUACAUUUACCUCACAAUGUCUCUUACAAACAGCAUUUUAUAUGUUUAGAGAUUGAGAUGCCCCUAUUCACUUUGGUUUACUUUUUCUCUUGGCUCAUUUGGUCAGUGGACAAAGCGCCCAGAUAUUAUUUCAGCACCCACAGGCUAUUUCUACGCUACAGAGUCUUUGGCAGCAUAGCUCCCUAGGAUAGACGCAGCAUACACAGAGAGAAGCUUUUCUUGUGGUGUAGGAACACCACAGCCCCCAAACAAUAUCAGCUAUGCUGCCAAAAGCAGUCCUUUGUGGGCAGAGU